UCUUUGGAGACUGCUGUCCCCCCUACCCCCCAAAGGCAUAGACAACAAAAGAAAUUGUAUUUAGAGCAAAACAAGAGUCCUUAAACGGCAAAGAUGUUUGCCAGAAUGUCUCUCCAUGUUCCGCUGCUCAUGGUUCUGGUGGGAAAGACAGCCAUUGGGUUCUCCCUGAUGUCUUUGCGCGCAGACCUGGACCCAGUCUGGACUCCUGAUAACUAUGAGUACAGCUAUGAGCAAUACGACCCAGAGGAGCCCUCCAGUAGUACUACUGCCUAUGCUGAGAAUCCCGACUGGUACUACACAGAGGAUGACCCAUGCCUGUCCAACCCCUGUGAACAUGGUGGAGGCUGCCUUGUCAGCGGGGACACCUUCACGUGCAGCUGCCCAUCCCCAUUCUCUGGAAAAAGGUGUCAGAAUGUGCAAAACAAGUGCAAGAACAAUCCAUGUGGCCCGGGUGAAUGUGUCAUUACUCAGAGUCCUCCCUACUAUCGCUGUGCCUGUAAACACCCUUACAGGGGUCCACACUGCUCCACCGCGGCUCCUGUGUGCCGGCCAAAUCCCUGCCAGAAUGGUGGCACCUGCUCCCGGCAUAGGCGGAGAUCCAAAUUUUCCUGCACCUGCCCCAACCAGUUCAAGGGGAGAUUCUGUGAAAUAGGUCCUGAUGACUGCUAUGUUGGUGAUGGCUACUCCUACCGAGGGAAAGUAAGUAGGACGGUCAAUCAGCACUCGUGCCUUCCCUGGAAUUCCCACCUCCUCCUGCAGAAGAAUUACAACACGUUUAUGGAGGAUGCUGAGGCCCAUGGGAUUGCAGAGCACAACUUCUGCAGAAACCCAGAUGGAGACAAAAGGCCCUGGUGUUUCAUUAAAGUAAACAAUUCAAAGGUGAAAUGGGAGUACUGUGAUGUCUCAGCCUGCUCAGCCCUAGACACUGCGCACACAGAGCCCCUGACCAAUCUUCCAGGGUUUGACUCUUGCGGGAGGACUGAAACAGCAGAGAGGAAGGUCAAGAGGAUCUACGGAGGCUUCAAGAGCACGGCGGGCAAGCACCCAUGGCAGGCGUCCUUGCAGACCUCGUUGCCAUUGGCCAUUUCCAUGCCCCAGGGCCACUACUGUGGGGGGGCACUGAUCCGCCCCUGCUGGGUGCUUACUGCCGCCCACUGCACUGACAUAAAAGCCAAUCAUCUGAAAGUGGUUUUAGGGGACCAGGACCUGAAGAAGACAGAAUUCCAUGAGCAGAGCUUCGGGGUGGAGAAGAUAUUCAAAUACAGCAACUACAAUGAAAGAGAUGAGAUUCCCCACAAUGAUAUUGCUCUGCUCAAGCUACAGCCAGUGGAUGGUCACUGUGCUGUGGAAACCAAGUACGUGAAGACUGUGUGUUUGCCUGAUGACCCGUUGCCCUCUGGGACUGAGUGUCACAUCUCUGGCUGGGGUGUUACGGAGACAGGGGAAGGGUCCCGCCAGCUCCUGGAUGCCAAAGUCAAGCUGAUCACCAACGGCGUGUGCAACUCCCGACGACUCUAUGACCACAUGAUUGAUGACAGCAUGAUUUGUGCUGGAAACCUUCAGAAGCCUGGGCAAGACUCCUGCCAGGGUGACUCUGGGGGCCCUCUGACCUGUGAGAGGGACGGCACCCACUAUGUCUACGGGAUAGUGAGCUGGGGCCUGGAAUGUGGGAAGAAGCCUGGGGUCUACACCCAAGUCACAAGAUUCCUGAAUUGGAUCAAAGCCACCAUCCAAAGGGAGGCUGGUUUCUAAGGCAUCUUCCGAACCUCAGGCCCACCCUCCUCACGGCAGCGAUGGAUCCCCCCGGAACCGCCAGGAAGCCUGACGUGAAUUGUCCGCGCAUAGGCAAACGCUGCCCAGCCUGGGGUGUCCUGGACCAGCGCUUCCAGCAUCUCAUCAGGGUGCCUCCUGGGUAA